AAAGUUAAGGUUGUCAGUGAUAAGUUUAUUUUUUCCAUACCAGCUUGUCCUCUCAGAUAUAGAUUCUUGUUGAACAUGCUUGUGAUUGUGAUUGUGAUCUUCUCUCUUCACCAUUUUCACUUUCAAUCCUUUUCAAAAUAAAUAAGAAAAGGGUACUUCAGAUUUGUGCCUUAUGUGCUAUCUGCCUUGUGUUCAUCAUCAUCAUCAUCAUCACCAUGGAAGAGAUGAAAACCGUUAAAUUUAAAGUGUGAAUGAAGUGUUCUUCCUAGGAUUAAAUUACAAGGCUGCAACUUGAAAAUCUGGGGUUUUGUUUGAAUUCUUAACUUGAUACUAUGAUGUGGGGUUUCAGAGAACUUGGUUUAUUAACAUGUGCCUUGUCAAUCUUGCCCUUAUUUUGUUCUGCUGCAAAGUUUGUGCCUAUAGAUAAUUACCUUAUAGACUGUGGAUCACCUUCCAAUACCACAGUAGGUAGUCGAAAUUUCGCAGCAGAUAGUUUUUUUAAGGAUUUGGUUUCCACCAAUGAAGACAUUCUUGCCAAUACCUUGAAUUUAAAUGGUGAUUCCCCUCUCUAUCGGACGGCGAGGAUUUUCGCCGGAUCCUCUGAGUACACAUUCUCUAUUAACCAAAAGGGGAGACAUUGGAUCAGGCUUUAUUUCUUUCCAUUUGAUUUUGGAAAGUACAAAUUGAGUACUGCAAAUUUUGCUGUUAUCGGACAAGAUACUAUACUUCUUGCUAACUUCAGUGUCCAGAAGAAUCCUGUUAUGAAGGAGUUCUCUUUGAAUGUGAGUUCGGACACACUUGUGAUCACUUUCACGCCAUCAAACAACUCAAUAGCCUUUGUCAAUGCAAUUGAAGUUGUUUCGGUUCCAGAUGACCUCAUUGUUGAUGAUGCUUACACCUUAAAACCAUCAUUAGCACCUUAUUAUGGGUUGUAUUCACAAGCAUUAGAGACUGUUUACAGGGUUAACAUGGGUGGUCCUAAAGUCUCUGCCGACAAUGACACCCUUCAACGAACUUGGGUUACGGAUCAGAGCUUCCUUAUAAACUCAAACCUUGCAACUAGUAAUUCAAACAUUGCUGCUGUUAAGUACACGGAAGGUGGGCCAACCGAAGACAUUGCUCCACCAGUUGUCUACGGUACUCUUAGACAGAUGAAUUCGAUGUACGAUCCCCGGUUUAUUUUCAAUGUGACAUGGCAGUUUGAUGUGGAUCCUGGAUUUGAGUACUUUCUUAGGCUUCAUUUCUGUGAUGUAAUCAGUAGAAGUCUUAAUGAACUCUAUUUCAAUGUUUACAUUGACUCUUCUUAUGCUGCCAAAGAUCUUGAUCUCAGCACAGAAACUAAUAAUGUUUUGGCUGCUCCAUAUUUUAAGGAUUUGGUUACUCUCCCAACUGUUAGCAACCGAAUUCGUGUGAGUAUCGGUCCGUCCCUGACAAAUACAGAGUAUCCUAAUGCCAUAUUGAAUGGGCUGGAAAUCAUGAAAAUGAACAACUCUAUGAAUAGUCUUAGUAUAGCUACAACGGUGCCUGUAACGAGUGGUUCUGGUUCGAAUUCUAAGAAAGUUGGGGUGAUAGUUGGUUCGAUUCUUGGGGCAUGUAGUGUGAUUGUCUUGAUUGGAGUUUUAUUUGUAAUGUACAUGAAAAGGAGAAAGUUGGCACAGCAAAGACAUUCAAAAACAUGGAUUCCAAUAUCUGUCAAUGAUGGAACUUCUCACACCAUAGGAAGUAAAUAUUCUAAUGCCACAACAGCAAGUGCUGCCAUAAAUUGUGGUUACCGCAUUCCUUUCUUGGCUGUUCAGGAAGCUACAAAUAGUUUUGAUGAGAAUUUGGUUAUCGGCAUAGGUGGUUUUGGCAAAGUAUACAAGGGAGAAUUGAGUGAUGGAACUAAAGUUGCAGUUAAGAGAGGGAAUCCUCGGUCGCAGCAGGGUCUAGCCGAGUUUAGGACUGAAAUCGAAAUGUUGUCUCAAUUCAGGCAUCGACAUUUGGUGUCACUGAUUGGAUACUGUGAUGAAAUGAAUGAAAUGAUAUUGAUUUAUGAAUAUAUGGAGAAGGGAACUCUUAAGAGUCAUUUGUAUGGUUCCGGUAUUCCAAGCUUGAGUUGGAAAGAGAGGCUUGAGAUAUGCAUAGGAGCUGCUCGGGGACUUCAUUAUCUUCAUACCGGCUAUGCAAAGGCGGUAAUUCACCGCGAUGUUAAGUCUGCAAACAUCCUACUUGAUGAGAACCUUAUGGCAAAAGUAGCCGAUUUCGGGCUAUCAAAAACUGGUCCGGAAAUUGACCAGACUCAUGUUAGCACAGCUGUCAAGGGGAGCUUUGGAUACCUUGAUCCGGAGUAUUUUCGAAGACAACAACUAACUGAGAAGUCAGAUGUAUAUUCAUUUGGGGUGGUACUCUUUGAAGUUCUUUGUGCAAGACCGGUCAUAGACCCUUCGCUGUCGAGGGAAAUGGUGAACUUGGCAGAAUGGGCAUUGAAGUGGCAGAAAAAAGGUCAGUUGGAACACAUCAUUGAUCCUACAUUGACCGGGAAAAUAAGACCGGAUUCUCUCAGGAAGUUUGGCGAAACAGCCGAGAAAUGCCUAGCUGAAUUCGGUGUUGAUAGGCCUUCUAUAGGAGAUGUCCUGUGGAAUCUAGAGUAUGCUCUCCAACUUCAGGAGGCCGUUUUUCAAGGUGAUCCGGAAGAAAAUAGCACCAACAUGAUCGGCGAUCUCUCGCCUCAGAUCAACAAUUUUAGCCGUGAGGAAAGCGUUUCGGCUGCCCAAUUUGAAUCUUCAAGCCUUAAUGAUCUUUCCGGUGUUUCUAUGAGUAAGGUGUUCUCACAGCUGGUGAAAUCUGAAGGGAGAUGACUUUUAAAUAUAUAUUCUACACGUCUUUAUAAGUUUUGCAUUUCCUGCAUUUCUUAGUAUGUUUUUGGGAUUGAGGCACUUCGUAGAUUUAUAAAGUAAAAAAGACCAAGUCUACGAAACAUAUUUUGCUCAAUUAGUAACAAGUUAACAACACAUCCUUAUUAUGUUUAUGUAUAUC